GAUCCUGUCGCAUUCCUUGCUAAUUAUCUACAAAAUUAUCUUCAUCAACGCGAUCCCAUAGAGGCAAGCAAUAGUGGCAAGACCAACUCGACAGCGCCAAUUAGAUCCAACUCGCCCUUGUUGCGACGCACGGGAAUGGGUUCGGUGCAGGGUGUUUACAAUGGUAACGGCGGCGAUGAAGAUCGCAUAGAAGAGGAUCAUAUACCGAACGUUGAUGAGGAAGAUGAAGAAGAAACGCACGCCAAUCUCGAUGACCGCGAUGAACACGGACAAAGUAUGCUGCAUUUUGCUUGUGCACGUUCCCAUCGACGCGGUGCGCUAAUGCAUCUAAUCGAAGAAUCAAAUAUCGAUAUAACAUAUCGCGAUGAAUUGUAUCGAACGGCGCGUGAUGUAUCGCUGCAGGCAAAUCAGCCAUCGAAUGCGAAAGAUAUCGAUCGUUAUGUGCUAUCGUUGGCUGUGAUUGGUGAUGUUAAGCCUUUUGAGACACUCGCUGUAGAGGGCUACGAUCAUAUAGUGGAUGUUACCGAUGACAAUGAAGUGAGUAUUGUCGACAUAGCUGCCGAGCGCGGACAUGAGGAGCUUGCUGAUUUUCUACGCAAUUUACGUACACUGGAGGAACUGCGUGAGGAGUUGCAUCAAAUGAUACGCGAUGGCAAUGUGGGACGUGCAAAGGAAAUAGUUGCCGACCCUAAUGGCAAAUGGCUCUUGAAAGCCAAAAACUAUUAUGGGCGCACUGCUCUGCAUAUAGCCGUUUUGAAGGAGAACGAGGAACUGGUGGAACACUUUGUGAGUCUGUGUUCAGAGUUGCUGAAAAUUGGUGAUAAU